AUGGAAGCCAGAAGCAAGCCCCAGUUCUUGGCAUUCUUGAUGCUCUUCAGUGUGCUGUUCUCUCAGUCACUGGCCUGGCCUCUCUUUGGACCACCCUCUGCUGUAAGGUUGGAUGACAGGGUGCCGUUUGAAGGAGCAAGUGACCCUGAUCAAGUGUCAUUAAAAGCAGACACUGACAUCUUACAGAAUGCCCUAGCGGAAAAUGACACACCCUAUUACGAUGUAUCCAGAAAUGCCAGGCAUGCUGAUGGAGUUUUCACCAGCGACUACAGUAGACUUCUGGGUCAGAUUUCUGCCAAAAAAUACCUUGAGUCACUCAUUGGAAAACGAAUCAGCAGUAACAUCUCGGAAGACCCAGUGCCAAUCAAACGACACUCGGAUGCAGUCUUCACGGAUAACUACACCCGUCUUAGAAAGCAAAUGGCUGUAAAGAAAUACUUGAAUUCCAUUCUGAAUGGAAAGAGAAGCAGUGAGGGAGACUCUCCAGACUUCCCUGAAGAGCUAGAAAUAUGA